GAGGCUCCCUCGCGGACAAGUCGCAUUAUCGAUCGGAUACAAUCGAUCGCACGUCGAUGGCCGACGGUGACUGUUUGGCAAUCGCCGCGGCGGUGGCUGCCGCGGAUCGACAUCGCUAAUUACCGUCCGCGCUGAUCGAUUGCGCCGUUCAUCGUAUCGUCAUUAAGGACACAGACUCGCGUUUCAGGGACAUUCGGCUAACUUUAGCCUUUAGCCGGGUCCCGCGCAUCGCACCGACGUCUCGCGACGUCGACGUCGACACAUCGGGACAUAACGAGCCGACGGCCACCAGCCUGGCUAGCCGCUUUUGCCCGUGCAAAAUAAAACAGUGUUGCGGCCGCCAUCCGGCCGCAUGGAUAAACCGAUAAUCCCGUGAUCGGACGUGAGCCUUCGCGUUCCGAUAAUCGAUUCCGAUUGUUGACGCGACGCUGCGCGUCGCUCACUCGUUUCGGUCAGCGCCGAAAGGCGGAGAAAGAAAAAGAGAGAAAUAGAGAGAGAGAAAGAGGGAGAGAGAGAGAGAGAGAGAGAGAGAAGAGGAGAGAGAUAGAGACGUCGCAUCACACCUUCGUCGACGCGCGAAGACCGUUUACUACGUGUCGGUGGACCAGAGUGAUGCGUGGGUGGUCCGGCCCCCCUCUCAGGAUCGCGUAAUCGUCGUCUGUCUUCCCGGUGACGUCACCGACACCAAGAAUUACUACCGUGCUUACGAGAGACCGGUGCUCACGCCGCCGAGACCACGAGGUUGCCGCGUGCGACAGGUCAGAGGCUAUAAUUCGGAUCAUGCUUUCAGAAACGAGCGUUGGGAUGCCGAUGAGUCCUUGGGGGAAUGCAGGAAAAUGUCCUGGAGAGUGUUACUCAAAGUGGAAUCGCCUUCGAAUAAUAUUUCUCUCUAUUUGAACGCGAUUGUAAAGGCUCCCGCAAUAUCUCGGAUUUGUCUCACGUCAAAUAUUCCCGCCGAAGGAUAUCGACAGGAGUAGUCUGAGAAUUCUGGUUGAAUCCGAAGUAAAAGACGAGCAUUGCAAUUUUCACGCUCGCAUGACGUCCGCCAAAUUGUCCUUCAUCGACCGGAAUACAGAGCUAACCUUGUAUAUUACAAAUUGCGACUGUUCUCGAGAGAGAAGACUCGGAUGUUCUCGCGGGAAUAAUUAAUGGCAAGAGAUAUAUGCGUCCGAAUCUCGCACGAUGUAGAAAUCGUGACGACGAAAAGGUAGGCGUGCAACUCUGGAGACUCGCAUAAUUUCUGCCGGGAGAUUUCUCUCUUUCUCUCUCCGCGCGUGACGUCAUUCUCCAGGAAUUUCCAUCGAGAUACAAACAAAUUGACGACAGCCUUCGUCGAUCGGCAAGAACGAAAUCUUUCAAUUCCGAUUUUCGCAAGUUUGAUCUAAAAAGAAUUUGUUCGUUGCAUAGAAGCCUUUCGCUAUGUUAUUUAAAGACAUCAGUGAAGUUAAUAUUAGCGACACAGCAAUUUUACCUGAUGAAAAGUGAAGAAUUAGAUCAUCAUUUGAAAUGUUGCCAGAACAUAAUUAUUUAUAGCUAAUUAAAGGUACGAGAGGACUUGGAUUAUGUAACGAAACGCUAACACAUCUAGUAACCAUCCAGUAACCAAAAUAAACAGAAAGUCGAAAGCCACUAUCGAUGGCCGAUACAAAUCCUUAAGGAAAGAAAAGAUUCUCUCUACUCAAAUUUUCACGAAUUUCUCGAACGACGAAUCUAUGCGUGAUAAAUUUCUUACGAGGAUGUGAAGAAGCGUUCGUAAGUUACUCGCAUCAUUCUCAACCGAAUUAAUUACCGCGACCGAAGAUGGGCUUGUUGCUAUCGGUGCUGGUCGGCUGCGUCGGCGUGUUGGAGCUACUAGCGUGCAUGAGACACGCGUCCGACGGCGUGGUGAUCAGCAUCAAUCCGCCGACACCGUGCCUGUCGUAUCACGAUCCAGGUAAUAACGACAUUCAGAGCAUCCACGAUUCCCUCUGCAGUUUCAGCCACUCGACCGACGCGCGGCUUCCUCGCGGCGCCCGGCACAAGCUCGAGAAUCUGCACGAGUACAGUUUGAGAGUGCGAAACGAGCUCCGGUCCUUGGACAAGAACUUUGACUGCCGAAGCACGCUGUCGGAAUGCAGCACCAGGUACUUGCUCGGCGGCUCCAGGCCGGACUCGAGACUCAGUCCGGACUCGAGGCUCAGUCCGGACUUCAAUUAUCUCGUUCAAGUGGAGGAUGAAACGUGGAAUGUACGCGUCGAACAGCGCGAUGACGAUGACGAAUAUGUUGCAACGAAGAGAUCCUUGGAGGACAUCAAUGCGGAGAUCCGGGAAAGCUUGCAACAAGUCGCGCGAUCGCUAGAUCCGCCGGAGCCGGAGAAAUAUGUCAGAGUACCGACACCGAUUCCGCUCGCCGUCGAUGAAGGGGAAAUGGCCGCUUCCUCGAGCGAGGUGGAUACGUCCUUCGACAAGGAUUCGGGCAACGAGGCGCCCACCAUGAAAUCCUUCGACGGUCUGCCGAUUAUCAAGAGAUACAGAGACUCGCAGUCGGCCUCGUCGGUUGACGAGUCCGAUCAUGAAGAAAGAACGUUCGCGCGAAGAGCCCCGAGAAAGUCGCCCUCGAAGUCUCCGGAUCCCUCGAAAAGAAAAUCGAAGAGCGUCGAGGUUUCCAAGACAUUGACGCUCGCCGAUGAUCUUCCGAAAAUCGACUCGGCUGCCGGUCCAGCUGUGACCGAAGAAAAGGAAAGCGGAAGGACCUUCGUCAGCCAGAAGAAACCCAAAUCUGGAAAAUCCUCCACGACGAUCCUGAGGAAGCCCACCAGAUUGAAAUCUAAAAACGCGGAGAUCAGUAAGUCGGCGGAGAAUUUAAGCACGAAGAAGUCGAAGAGAAGUCGCGAUCCCGAACGUCGCAAGUCCGACAUAUCCGUGCAGACAAUGCGUGAUUUGUUGAGAGACAUGUCGACGAACACGUCGCCGACUAACAGCCCGCCGUUGUCCAGGUCGGAGAGCAAGAAGAGCGUUUCGGUGGAAGUACAAACCACCUUUGAGGACAUACCGAACGAUGAAGCCUUGGAGGAAAUGGAGGACAGUGUCGUUGGACUCUCCGAGAGCGGAAGAGAUAUGUCUUCUCGAGGCAACUCCGCCAGGAAAUCCUUCAAGAACAAGAGAUUUCGGUCCAGUUCGAGGGAUAAGUCGAGCGAUCAAGACAGGCAACCUUACACGACGACCAAUGCUGUCGGCUCCGUGGAGAAAUCGCGAAGAAACAAAAAAGAAUUAAAAGUGUCCAGCUUCGAAGACGCCAACGAAGACGACUACGAGAGAGUCAGAAGUGUUAUUUUUGACUCCUCGAAGGAGUCGAACGGCUGGCGUAAAAGAAGGGAGGACUCGAGGUCGAAGUCAUCGUUCGAAGAGGACAUGACGUCGUACGACGAGUACGUGGAUGCGGAGGAUGUGAGUUCCGGAAGGCCACCUGUACACUACACAACAUGCGACACCGAUCAGAACAAAGCAUUCUGGUUGAUUUUCAGUGGUGAAUUCACAAAGGCGAUGAACAAGGAAUGGCACAGCGGUCACUUCUGUUGCUGGCAGUGCGACGAAUCCCUAACAGGACAGCGCUAUGUCCUCAGGGACGAGCAUCCCUACUGCAUUAAGUGUUACGAGAGCGUUUUCGCUAAUAGCUGCGAGCAGUGUAGCAAAAUCAUCGGCAUCGAAUCUAAGGAUCUGUCGUACAAGGAUAAACAGUGGCAUGAGGCUUGCUUCUUCUGCACCAAAUGUAAAGUGUCCUUGGUGGACAAACAGUUUGGUAGCAAAGUGGACAAGAUCUACUGCAGCAACUGCUAUGAUGCCCAAUUCGCCACCCGUUGCGAUGCAUGCGGCGAUAUCUUCCGUGCCGGUACUAAGAAGAUGGAAUAUAAGACCAGACAAUGGCACGAGAAGUGCUUCUGCUGCGUGGUCUGCAGGAAUCCGAUCGGCACGAAAAGCUUCAUCCCGCGCGAGCAGGAGAUUUACUGCGCCGCAUGUUACGAGGACAAGUUCGCCACCCGGUGUGUUAAGUGCAACAAGAUCAUCACUAGCGGGGGUGUGACAUACAAGAACGAGCCGUGGCACAGAGACUGCUUUACCUGCAGCAACUGCAACAACUCCCUAGCGGGACAACGAUUCACGUCGCGCGACGACAAACCGUACUGUGCCGAUUGCUUUGGCGAGCUUUUCGCCAAGAGGUGUACUGCUUGCUCGAGGCCAAUUACUGGCAUCGGCGGCACUCGCUUCAUCUCGUUUGAGGACAGGCACUGGCAUAAUGAUUGCUUCAUCUGCGCGGGUUGCAAAGCCUCGCUCGUCGGACGUGGUUUUAUCACCGACGGCGAGGACAUCAUCUGCCCCGAGUGUGCUAAGUUGAAGCUGAUGUAAAGCGCGCGAUUUUACGACGAUUAAAAUGACAACAGGCUCGAUGGGGAGAAGCGAAGAGAGGGAUAGGACGGGAAACAGGAUGGAUUUCCGAUGCGAGAUUCGUGAAAUCAUUAUGCUGAUCAAAAUUUGAUUAGAGAUUUAUAUCUAAUCCUCGAGACGGAUUCUACCAUGAUACCGAACCCACCAUGAUACCUAGCCGGUUUUAAAAUGAGGAUAGAUGUUGCACGCAAACAAUAAAAAAUUUUAUAGAGCCAUAAAAGAUGAGAUUGCGGAGAAAUAUAAUAAAAAUUGCAAAUAAAAAGAAGAGCACCAGUGGCGCUCGUAAGAGUUUUUAUUACGGACAACCGACAAAAUUUUCAAUUUUUUUUUUACAGAGGAGUAGCAAAGCUCGAGAAUUCUCUGAUGAAUUUCUCGACUGGGUCAGCAUAAUGAUUUUACGGUUACCGAUUGAUCGUUCAAAAAGGAGGGCGGCGCAAAAGAACGCGAGGGUCGUUUCUAUCUUCGUAGUCGUAGUGAUAUUAGCCUGUUCGUUAUUUCGUUCUACGUGUGCUAUAAAGAGAACACUGACAUGUACCCGUGUUCGAGAUGAUUUGCUCGAUCAUCACGUCAGGAUAUUUAAGAGCGAAAAAAAAAAAAUAAGAAUCGGAGAGAGAAAAAAAGAGAAGAAAUACGUAAGCAGUCCGAUGAAGAGAAAUCAAAUCGUAAUAAAAUGGUCGUUAAUGCGAACGUGUCGAUUAGGAUGAUGGAUAAAGCCUAAGCGUUCCACGUGCUCUCGUUAUGUUACUAUCUGUUACUCUAAAUGUUACUCUACAUGUUGCUAAAUGAUAGAGGUACGCGCGCAAGCGUGCGGAGAGAGUCCUAUAAAUAUUAUAUAUAUAUAUAUUCUUACGAAGAGCUAAAAUCGAUAUAGAAAUAUAUAUUUCUACAUAUAUAUUAUUUCUUUUCGAUUCGCACUCGCGAAAAAUACAACAUUCUAACAUGACACACACACACAAAUACACGGCACACAGCGACAUAAACCUACCCGACCCGAACACCGUCAUUGUUCUCUCUCUUUCCCUCUCUGUAUGAUGCCAUAAAUCUCUCGUACUUAUAUGCUAUACAAUAGUAUAAUAUUAGAACAUCCAUAUUAUAGUAUCCACUAUUAAUUUGUGGACCCUCGUGUUUUCAAUAAAAAACGAUCUACCGAUUUUUCGUAUGUACAAUGUUUUCGAAAGAAAUCAAUAAUUGAAUUUGAGUUAUCGACGAAAAUUAUUUGACGUUCGAAGAAUCAGCAAGCGCGGAUCUUUUAUUAAAAAAAUUCAUUAAUUUUCUGCACGCGUGCAUAAUGUGAUAGCAAUUGAAAGUUAUAUGCGUGCAUGCGUGUCGUUAGUCGAAGAAGAAUAGGAUAAACAAUAUGAUUUUAAUUUUCCGUUCGGCGAUGGCUCUUUUCUCUUCUCAGUCUUUCUCUCACUUUUUCUCGCUCGCCGAGAGAAACGGGCGCGCAUCGUCGUGAGGAUCUGUCAUUGUCCCGUAUGAAUCGCGCACAUACUUACACAAACAUACACACACAUAACGCUGACAAGCAUUUCUUGCACUAACACGUUAAGAGUUUUAGUGAAAAAAAAGAAAAACGGCAGAAAAAAAGAAACAAACACAUACAUACCCAACACAUCGCAUUAUCGAACUGAUAAUGAGCCUUAAAAUCAAAGUUUCGUCGCGCGCUGAAUGUCGAGCAAAGGAUCUACUGUUUAUUAAUGUUUGCGACAGUUUAGCUCGAUUGAAUUUUAAACUUGCUCAAGAUUUAGUGCGGGACGCAGAUUGAUAAUGUGCAAAAGUUAAACAGAAACACGUAUACACACAUAUACACGUACACAGCAUACAUACACAAGCAGACGUACGAGUGUGCGGUGGAUGCACACGCGGAAACAGUAAUUGUGGCCUCAUCUGCAUCGAGUAUCAUAGGAGUAAAAACAAAGGAACUAACGCCUUACAAUAAUUUAUUUCGUUACGAGAUAUUUAAUAUCAGAUCUAUUCUUAUACAACGCGAACGAAAGUAAAUGUAAAUCUGAGUUUACAUUAUUGAACUGAGCUUUGAGCUGCGUUUCAAGCCGAGUCUCCUUGCAAACAUUUAAACUUGUAUCAAAAUUGUGCUGUCACGAGCAUUCCUACAAUUUUGUUCUAAUUAUUUUUCUCGACAAAGUUCGAUUUGGGAAGUGACUCGAUAAUGCGGCCGGCUCGAUAAAAUUCAGUUUGAGGUUCAGUUCGAUAACGUGAAUCUAUUUUAAUGUCGCGCGAACUCAAUCCACGAACUACGAGAUAAGUUCGACCCGCAAACGUUCGAAUUUUUAAUCGCGACCAAUACAAGUCACACAAGUGCUAUAAUAUAUAUGUAUGUUCCGACGGAGUCACUUACACACUAAUCGUCUUAAUUAGUAAACGAUAAAAAAAAAGAUUAUUCUAUAUUCAGCGUAUCCUAUACACUGUUACACUGUAAAAUUGAUAAAUAAAUAAAUGUAAUUAAUAAAUGUAAUUAUUCGCGCGGGAUUUUCGCAUCCCGUCUUUCAAA